CGGAAAGGAAGUGUUGCCACUGAAGCUUAAAAAUGGUUAUAGAUGAUGUUUUGUUCGAGGAUGUGAGCAGUCGUCCACUGCUUUUCGAUUUAGCACACGCGGAUUAUAAAAACUUCAGGAAGAAAAAUAAGUUGAGGUCAAUUGUGGGUCAAAUACGAGAACAGGACUUAACCACGCUACAUUUCGUAAGUUUAGCCUCGAAAAUAAAAGAAGCGGACCUUUCACCAAUCGUGGUAAAUAACGAUGAGUCUAAAGUGUUCGCCAUAGUCCUUGCGGACAUUGAAUAAUUGUAUUUCUAAAACAUGA